CUCACUGUGGCUUCUCGCCGGUCCUCAGGACCCGUCUCGGGCCUCCCCGCCCUGCAGUCCAUCCCCCGUCCCCAUGGUUCCAGAGCCUGGCCCUGCCCACAAUAGCACCCCCGACUGGGGGUCGGGGCUGGCGUCGGACCCGGCGGGCAGCGGCUGGGUAGCAGCUGCGCUAUGUGUGGUUAUCGCACUGACGGCGGUGGCCAACUCGCUGCUCAUAGCGCUUAUCUGCACGCAGCGGGCGCUGCGCAACAUGUCCAACUUCUUCCUGGUGUCGCUCUUCACGUCGGACCUGAUGGUGGGGCUGGUGGUGAUGCCGCCGGCCAUGCUGAACGCGCUGUACGGGCGCUGGGUGCUGGCGCGUGACCUCUGCCUGCUCUGGGCCGCCUUCGACGUGAUGUGCUGCAGCGCUUCCAUCCUCAACCUCUGCCUCAUCAGCCUGGACCGCUAUCUGCUCAUCCUCUCGCCGCUGCGCUACAAGUUGCGCAUGACGCCCCCACGCGCCCUGGCGCUCGUCCUGAGCGCCUGGAGCCUUGCAGCGCUCGCCUCCUUCCUGCCCCUGCUGCUGGGCUGGCACAAGCUGGGCCGCGCGCGAGCACCCGCCCCGGGUCAGUGCCGCCUGCUGGCCAGCCUGCCCUUCGUCCUAGUGGCAUCAGGCCUCACCUUCUUCCUGCCCUCAGGCGCUAUCUGCUUCACCUACUGCAGGAUCCUGCUGGCCGCCCGCAAGCAGGCCUUGCAGGUGGCCUCUCUCACCACUGGCAUGGCCGGCCAGGCCUUGGAGCCGCCGCAGGUGCCCAGGACGCCACACACAGGGGUGGAGUCUGCUGACAGCAGGCGGCUGGCCACCAAGCACAGCAGGAGGGCCUUGAAGGCCAGCCUGACACUAGGCAUUCUGCUGGGCAUGUUCUUUGUGACCUGGUUGCCCUUCUUUGUGGCCAACAUAGCCCAGGCUGUGUGCGACUGCGUCUCCCCAGGCCUCUUCGAUGUUCUCACGUGGCUGGGUUACUGUAACAGCACCGUGAAUCCCAUCAUCUACCCACUCUUCAUGCGGGAUUUCAAGCGGGCCCUGGGCAGGCUCCUGCUCUGUCCCCACUGCGCCCAGGAGCCCCGGGCCAGCCUGGCCUCACCCUCCAUGCGCACUUCUCACAGUGGCCCCCGGCCGGGCCUGAGCUUGCAGCACGUGCUGCCCCUGCCCCUGCCCCCGGACUCUGACUCCGUCUCUGACCCAGGCUCGGGAGGCUCCUCAGGCCUGCAGCUCGCAGCCCAGCUCCUGCUGCCGGGAGAGGCCACCCGGGAUCCCCCGCCACCUGCCAGGACUUCUGCCGUGGUCAACUUCUUCAACAUCGAUCCUGCGGAGCCCACGCUGCGGCUCCAUCCGCUUGGUGCCCCCACGAACUGAUCCGGGUUUGGAGCUGGUCACCAGGGAGCUGGACUGGAUGGAACCAAGUCCCCAACGCCUCGGGCCCGCUCUUGGCUGAGGCCAGGAGACUGCAGGUCUCCUGGGAGCCCUCUGAGCUCUAGUGGGGUGCACUGAAUCAGCCCCCACUGCCCACUCCAGGUCCCCCCUACUUGAAGGAUAAUAGCUGCUCUGUGAGUUUUCUGCAGGAUGCUGCAUUGCUGAGUAUAACGUGUGGCUGUGUGUAGAGGAUGGUUGAUGGCCCCUGGGAAUGGGGAAAAGGACCUGUUGGUUCAGAUUAGAAGGAAGACAGUCAUCUCCUUUGCACAUUCGAUCGGGCUGCCUAGGAGGGAUGCGUUUGUGUGCAGAGACGGAUUAGUGCAGCGCGGGAUCCCUUGCUUAUCUGAGUGCAGUUCAUGGCCUUUCACCUACUGGGAUUUUGUUAAAAAUGCAUACCUCUUUCCCCACCCAGACCUGCUGAGUCCGAAGCUGAGUGUCAGCAAGAGCCCUGGUGACUCGUGCGCUGGUUUAGAUGAGCUUUACCCUGAGGUUGUUUUGCUGGACAGUGUUUGGACUGGCCAGCCCCUCAGGAUGUAUGUGGCCUUACAGAAAACCCCUGGACCUGGGAGUCAGGCAGGCAUAAAUUCGAAUCUCUGCUCUACUACUUUCUAACUCUUGCACAGGUUACUUAACCUCUCUGAGCCUGUCAUUCCACAUGCAACAUGGGGUAACAAUGCCUGCCACCUAGGGUGUCAUGAGAAUUCGGACAAUGUUCAUAGGAUAUCCAGCAUCCGGCAGGCGGUCAGGAGGCGGUACCUGCUGGUCAUCCAGCCCCCUGGCAUCUGGCUAUGGGCCAGGAAGGGCUAUUGGUUCCCAUUGUUUUUUCCAUCUUCUUCAGCCCCAUCCCAGCACCCAAGCUGCUGCACUGACUCUCCUGGGACAAAGAGGCGACUGCUGGGUUCUGGCACAACAUCUGGGAUGGGUAUUCCUCUGCCUUGGGCUUCCUUGAAUCUAGAAGGGAACCAGCUGAGGGGGACAGAACCAGCCCCUUGUCCCACCUCCUUGUGGCCUUCUUGGGGUCCCUGAGGGAAAUGGGAGUAGAGCCACUUGGGUCAGUAGAGUUGAAGAGCUGUGUCUGGUGUGGGUUGGGGCCCUCAGGCAGGCGGUGAACCCUGACACAGGGGCCUGUUUUUUUUUGGACGGGGGAUUCUGUUCCUACAGUUUACCUGCUGUAGGUUCCUUUUCAGUCUGAGGUCUGUCUUACACUCCUCCCCCACCCUCACCAAGCACCAAAUUCCAUCAACCCAAACUCCGUGGGUGGCCUGGCGCUCUCCUUGGUGCUGAUCAGACUCAACUCCAGCGCUGGCUGCUGGCCAUCGAGGAGUCAGUCAUGGUGCUUGUUGGGGCUUCCGUUCUGCCCCCAGAGUGGACUCUCAAUAAACACUAGCUGAAAGUAGUGACUGGUGUGGACUGGAUUUGCUUGAGGGGCUACUCGGGCUGGAGAAGCAGCUGGUAAAGUGGAAAGAGACCCUGGGUUCUGGCAUCCUGGGUUCUGGUCCAGACUCUGCCCUUAAUUUGCUUUGGGACCUCAGCAAAGUCAUUUUCCCUGUCAGGGCUUCAGUUUUCCAUGGGUGACAUGGGCUGUUUGGACUAAUAGUAGCAGAAGUUUUGUAAAUAUUUGUUAAAUGAACAAAUAUACAUACCCUCAAGGACCAGCUCAACUCCAACACUCUAAUUCCUCCUGCCUCUCCUCUUCCCCACUACCUCUGCCAGAGCUUAAUACUUUCUCUGCUUAGGUCUUGAUUUCCCCAUCUGCACAAUGGGUGGGGGGAUUAUCUCUGACCCUGUCAUUCAGGGACAGUGGGAGAAACAAAAGGGAAGGUUCCCACGGAUGCAAAUACAGUGGCUAAGAACUUGGCUCUGGAGGCUGACUGGCUGGAGUUUGAGACUGACCAGCUGUGUGAUCUUGAAUAGGUUACCUAACAUCUCUGGGCCUCAAUAGCUGCAGGUGAAAUGAAGACAAUAAUAGUAGCUACGUCAUGGGGUUGUUGUGAGAGUCCACUGAGACAGUCCAUGUAAGCACUCUGUACCUGGUAAACAGCACGUGCCAUCUAUUAUUCUUUAUUUUUAUAACCACCAUCACCUCUGUUCCUGCUACAGGAACACAGAAUCCAUCCUUGCCCCCAGGCCCAGUUCCCACCCAUACCGCAUGCAGAUUCAGCAUGUACUUACCACGCCCUGUUACAAUGACAUCCAGGGCCACCAUGUAGCACAACUUUGGGGACGCCCUUCACAGCGCGUCUGUGUGACUGACGCCUCUGUCGCUGUACAGUGCACAGCCUGCAUAGCUGUGUGUGGCACAUCUGAUCGGAUCUCCUAAGAGCAGAGGGUGAGCUGCCCAUCCCCA